ACGUUUUAUAACAUCCUCUGGCCACUCAGCCAGGCACUUGCAGCUCUGCCCGUGCAGCCAGCCAGGCUCCGGGCCGGCACGAAGGGGAAUCCCGGGCGGAAAGGGAAGCAGCCACUGCGGAGCGAGCUCCAAGGCGGGACUUUCCGGCCCGGCCCGGCCGCCGCAUGUGUGUGCGCAGCGCGCUGGGAGGGCAGACACCGGGCGCGGCUGGGCCGGCGGAUAAGUGGACCCUGCGGGCAAGGAGCUGAGGCGGAGCAGCCGGCCGGCCACAGCACCAUGGGCGAGCCCGAGAGCAUCCGCCUGAACGAGCAAGCCGGCAGCGAGGGAGCGCCCCCCAACUUGUCUAGUUCACCACCUCAGACGCAGGAAAAUAGUGCCUUUAAUGUGAACCACUACGCCAAUAAGAAGAGUGCUGCAGAGAGCAUGUUGGACAUUGCUCUUCUGAUGGCCAAUGCAUCCCAGUUGAAAGCAGUAAUGGACCAAGGACCUUCCUUCUCAUUCUACAUCCCACUUAUUGUUCUCAUCAGCAUAUCCCUCAUACUUCAAGUUGCCGUGGGCGUGCUCCUGAUAUUCCUUGUAAAAUAUGACGUUCGUAAGACUGAAAAACAAGCCAAGCUGGAUUUCCUCAAUAACCUUGCAACUGGACUGGUGUUCAUUAUAGUAGUUGUGAAUAUUUUUAUCACUGCCUUUGGAGUGCAGAAAACAGUGGCUGUGACAGCUUCAAGCCAGUAGGUAACAAGAAGAGAUCUGAACCCUUGACCCCUCCUCUAAGUACUUCUGCACUUGAGCCAGUUAAACUUGGACACAGAAAGGAGAAGCUGAAGUUAUUCAAGCCAGCAUUUUUCUUUUUCCUUCAAAUGACUUGUUUUCUGUGCCUGGGAUUUUCAUCCUAUUAAAUAUGUAAUAUUCAGUUUCUAGUGGAAAGGUUGAGCAUUUUAACUGCUAGUUCAUUGACUCUGCCUUCGAAGAGUCUGCCAUCUCAAUUUCUAUGGAAACUGGAGUUCCUCAGAGAAAUAUGCAAUGUGAAUGAAUUCAACAGGAAACAAAGCGAUGGCAUGAGCUCCAAAGGCAUCUCGGACUUCUCACUUUUUGUGCCUUCUGUUUUCUUGAUGGGUGAGAAGUUUCCCAACAAAACUUGCUGUCAUUUCCACUGUGGAAACCAAGGGUCUUAAUUUCUGGCACAGUCACACUGUCCUAACCUCUCUCCAGGGGCGGCUCUAGCCAUUUCACCACCCCAAGCACGGCGUCAUGCCGCGGGGGCGCUCUGCUGGUCGCGGGUCCCGCGGCUCCGGUGGACCACCGGAGCCGCCCGCCGCCCUCCGCGGUGUGCUGCCCCAAGCACGCGCUUGGCGUGCUGGGGCCUGGAGCCGCCCCUGCCUCUCUCAGUUGUAGCUAGGUAUUUGUAUUCCAUAUUGCUGUAGUGGAAUGCCUUUAUGUUGUGUGAAGAUGGCCAUGCUUAAUUUUCCCUCUUUCUAGGGAGCAGUUUGUCUCUUCACCUAAACCAAAAACUCCACCUCUUCCAAGGUGACAGGAAACCAGUAGGAGCAAAAGUUAACAAGCUUUUGUUUGCCCAAUUUCUCUCUCACAAGUACUCAUUGGCCCAGUUUCUCUGUUGCUGGAUCACAAGGGCCUGCAUAAACCUUCCCUCCUCUUGGUGCAGGGUCCCACAAGAAGUCCCUCUGCCUAGUUUCUCACUCUCAGUCGCUGCUGUCCUCCAAUCCAUACAGAAUGAUUAUUAUCCACAGCUCUAGCACAUCCUGAAAAGGCUUGUAAAAAUGCUGCCAUAGCUAGGCGCCACUGAGUAACUUAAGGACGGAGGUUGACGUUCAUCCCUGCACAGAGGGCAAGGCAAGGCCUGUAAGCUAUUAAAUCACAUAUAACCCAUCAAAUUAGGAUACAGAGGGACACAUUUUCCUCUGAGAAAAGGCCUGAUCUCUGCACUUAUUUGCUUUUGUGAGUUUGACUGAUUCUUAAAAAAAAAAAAAAGUAAUACAUUUAAAGAGAUAGCAAGAAAAAGAUCCUCAAGGGCUCAUGUUCCCUGCUGGCACAGGAAGCAAAAAAUUUUUAGAGGGCAUACUGUUGCUGGCAAUGGUGUAUAUUGCGAGUUUUGUUGCUUAGAGUUUUUUAAUCAUUUUACUUCUAAUUUAUCAUUCUUGCAAGUAGAAGGAUUUUAGUGUCCUUGCAUUUUAACAUGCUUGUUGAUAUAAAUUGAUACUAAUAUAUUUCUUGUGUGAUCACUUUAUUUUGUACAUUUGUAGCCCAAAGUGUAAGCUUUUAGGAGAGUUAGCAGCAGCACUCAUUUACAGUUUUAAAUUGAUAAUCCUCUCUUCUAGUUAUGAAUACACGAAUAACUGGGCUUAGAGACUUAUCUUGUUUACUGUAGGUUACAUAAGAAUGAUCCUUUAACCAGAAACAAAGCAACAAAGUUACUAUUUUUCUGUAUUGCUAGUUAAAAAUAUAUACAUACAAGCAACAUAGAAGAAUAUUAAGCUUUUCUUGCUUUGUUUCUGGUCAACGUUUUUCUGCAAGAUUUCUGGCAACUACUGUUUCAAAUGACAUAUAUAUAUUUAAAUGUAGCUUGGAGCAGCUGUGAGAUGAGGCACUUAGGACAAGUUUCCCUAACAGUUAAUUUGUCUUCUGUUAAAAUUAAUGAAGGAAUAUCAGAAUGUACCUGUAUUAUAGAAUAUUCUCAAUACUGUAUUGCAGUGUGUUGAUUGUUAAAAUAUCAUUUCUAUACUGCUUAAAAUAAAGACUUUCUUCUAUUAAAAAAAACAACCAAAAAACCCACAACGACAACAACAAAACACAGUAAAACAGCAGGUGGAACCCUUCUGAACGUGUAUUUACCAUAAAUAAAUAUCAGAAUGGCUUUGAUAUACGCACCUUGAGUGUAUCGCAUGUGCAAAAGGUAGCAAAAUAUAGUACUAUGAAAUAUAGUACAUCCUCAUGGUGUAACCCUAACUAAAUAGCCAUUGCAGUGGCAGACAAAUGAUUCUGACCCUUUAACUCAGGUUGGGAUCCUAAUUAUUUCUGAUUCCAGAAUAGCAUGAAUUUUUCUAAGUGCAACUUUCCUUUUUUUAUUGGUGAAUAAAUAAUUUUUCUUA